AUGUCAGAGCUUAAAAUGCGACCACCAUAUGGAGAGACUGGUCCAGAGAAGGGAAUCAAAGAGGAAGUUAAUGAGCAAGAUAUGUCAGAAGAGUCUCCAAGUGAUUGCAGAAAUGGAGCUAUCCAGACAAACAAUGAAAAUAGUCUUGUAAAAACAGAACUACAGUCCCAAUCACAAGAUGUAGAGCCAGAGCCUGAAGAGGGAAUCAAAGAUGAUAUGACCGUACAAAGGAAGUCAGAAGAGAUUUUGAAUGAUUACAGUACUGGAGAUACCAUGAUAGCUGUAAAAACAGAAGAUACUAAAUCUGAAGAGAAAACCGUAUACACUGUGUCCAAAACAUAUCAACAUAAUGAGCAGCAGUCAGGUGGUGAUCAUAAACCAGUGACCGAUUCAUCCAGUCACAAGGCAGAAGAAAACAAAGGUUGCCUUCGAAUGACGAAAAAGCUCCUGCGAGACAUCUGCAAACAGCAAAAAUUAUACAUGACCCCAUGUUUGAAUGACACACUAUAUUUACAUUAUAAAGGAUUUGACCGCCUUGAGAAUCUUGAAGAGUAUACAGGAUUAAAGUGUCUAUGGCUUGAAUGCAAUGGUUUAACAAAAAUUGAGAACCUGGAGGCUCAGACAGAGUUGCGCUGCCUGUACUUGCACCUCAAUUUAAUUAAUAAAAUUGAAAACCUGGAACCCCUGCAAAAGCUGGAUUCGCUUAACCUCAGUAACAAUUAUAUCAAGAUCAUUGAAAACCUCUCUUGUCUGAGAGUUCUGCACACUCUGCAGAUUGCUCACAAUAAGUUACAAACAGUGGAAGACAUACAGCACUUGCAGGAGUGCCCAACUAUCUGUGUCCUUGACCUUUCUCACAACAAGUUAGAUGAUCCAAAUAUUCUAAAUAUCCUGGAGACCAUGCCUGAUUUGCGUGUGCUGAAUUUGAUGGGAAAUGAAGUGAUUAAGAAAAUUCCUAAUUAUAGAAGGACACUUACUAUUCGACUAAAACAGUUAACAUACCUGGAUGAUAGGCCAGUUUUUCCAAAGGACAGAGCCUGUGCAGAAGCCUGGGCCAUGGGUGGGCGUGAAGCAGAGAAGAGUGAAAGGGAAAAAUGGGAGACCAGAGAGAGAAAGAAGAUCCAAGACAGCAUUGAUGCGCUAACAGCGAUCAGGCGAAAAGCUGAAGAGAAGAAAAGACAAAGGGAAAAGGAAGAAAGAGAGAUACUUAGAAAGUGUGAAAAUAGAGGCACAACAGAAGCCCAGGAAGGAGAGGUUCCACCCACAAGUUACAGCAGCGAUGUGAGUAACAAUACUUCAGGGAUUUCAAAUGCUUCUGAAGAGACAGAAACUCAGAAGAUUAAGAAAUUUGUAAAUGAAAGCAUGGAGGCCCAUGAUGAAGUUUUAGCUGAAACAUCAAGUAAAGAAGAUCUGGAUAGCCUGCAUACUAACGUUACCAGUAACAUUCAGAAGGAUGGGCAAGAAGCUAAUUCUCACAAAUGCCCAAAUUUCAGUACUAAUGAAGAAGCGAUACUAGUAGGGAAUAUGGCUACCGAAGGUGCCCUGGUUACUGAACUGGAUGAGUCUGCAGAAACAGAGCAAAUUAAACUGGAGAUACCAGAGAAGCUUUUCAUUGAUGAACUGCCUGAUUUAGAAGAUGUGGAUGUUAGUGAAUUCUCACCAGUAGAGGAAAACUCAAUCAGAAAGCAAGCAUGUCAUCCAAAGAUUGAAAUCAUUUCUGAAGUGAGUGAUGACAAGGACUCUGCAUCAGAGGAAAACAAAACCUUAUUUGGGAACUCAAUAACAGAAGAGAUCCCAACAGCCAUCUUUUCAAAUAUAUGUAAGGUACCUGAAGACAGUCAAAGGGAAACCACAAGACUCCUUGUAGAAGGUUUAGCAGAGCCUUGGAGUCCAGAGAGCGACUUAGAGAGCAAAGUUAAACAAGCCAAACCUUUGAAACCAUUGAUACAAGAGAUUAUUGCUGAACCAAUGGAUGAGAUACUGACAUCAGCAGCCUACAAUAAAGUGGAUGACCUAACCCCAGAGGAAUUGGACAACAAAGACAGUCACAUUAAACCCUCCUGCCCUGAGAAUAGCACUGCGGACAAAACAGUGCAGUGCCUGGCAGAAAAUGGAGGAUCCCCUCAUAAACCACAAGAAGAUAACGAGGACAUCGAAUAUGGAUUAGAUUAA